AUGGUGGACGCGCCAACAAAACUCGUAAGGCGCCAGACGUCCGAAGGCCGUCUUCUGCUCGUCUCGAAUCGACUGCCCAUCACCAUCAAGCGCUCAGAUGAGGGUAAAUACGAAAUGUCCAUGUCUUCGGGAGGAUUGGUCAGUGGCUUGAGUGGACUCUCCAAAACCACCACUUUCCAGUGGUACGGCUGGCCAGGUCUCGAGGUACCAGAAAAUGAGGUGUCAGACCUUAAAGAUCAGCUUAAGAAGGAAUACAACGCCGUGCCCAUCAUGCUCGACGAUGAGCUAGCAGACCGACACUACAACGGCUUCUCAAACGCCAUCAUGUGGCCGCUUUUCCACUACCACCCCGGUGAGAUCACCUUCGACGAAUCGGCCUGGGAGGGAUACAGCGAUGCCAACCGCCUCUUCGCAAAGGCAGUCGCGAAAGACGUGCAGGACAACGACAUGGUGUGGGUGCACGACUACCACCUCAUGCUCAUGCCCGCUAUGCUUCGUGAGGAAAUUGGCAACACGAAGAAGAAUGUCAAGAUUGGCUUCUUCCUGCAUACGCCCUUCCCAAGCUCAGAAAUUUAUCGCAUUCUCCCCGUCCGAAACGAGAUCCUGCUCGGCGUGCUUCACUGCGACUUAAUCGGCUUUCACACUUACGAUUAUGCGCGUCACUUCCUUAGUAGUUGCUCGCGUAUAUUGGGACUUGCGACAACGCCUAAUGGUGUCGAGUUUCACGGCAAGGUUGUCACAGUCGGCGCCUUCCCCAUUGGUAUUGACCCCGAGAAGUUUGACGAAGGCCUCGAGAAGCCAAAGGUACAAGAACGCAUAGCAGCGCUAGAGAAGAAGUUUCAGGGCGUCAAGCUUAUCGUUGGUGUCGAUCGCCUCGACUACAUCAAGGGUGUGCCGCAGAAACUGCACGCACUCGAGGUCUUCCUUACCGAACACCCUGAAUGGAUCGGCAAGGUCGUGCUCGUUCAAGUCGCCGUCCCGUCCCGACAAGACGUCGAAGAGUACCAGAACCUACGUGCGGUUGUCAACGAGCUUGUUGGCCGCAUCAACGGCAAGUUCGGCACCAUCGAGUUCAUGCCAAUUCACUUCAUGCACAAGUCUGUUUCCUUCGACGAGCUUAUCGCGCUGUACUCGGUUUCAGAUGUCUGCCUCGUCUCUUCAACUCGCGACGGUAUGAACUUGGUGUCUUACGAGUACAUUGCCACUCAGGAGAAGCGACAUGGUGUCAUGAUCCUGUCUGAGUUCACCGGUGCUGCACAGAGUCUGAACGGCAGUCUGAUCGUCAACCCCUGGAACACAGAAGAGCUGGCCGACGCCAUCCACGAUGCCGUCACCAUGGGAGAUGAGCAGAGGACACUGAACUACCAGAAGCUGUCCAAAUACGUCCGCAAGUACACCAGCGCUUGGUGGGGCGAGUCCUUCGUCACUGAACUACGAAGAAUAUCACAAACCGCGGAUAGGAAGGUUCAUUUCAACACAUCACAGCCUGACACUCCUGCUGGGGAAGAUACGCCGUCAAAGGAGCAGGACAGCAUCUCGACCAAGGGCAACGAUGACUCGGAAGCUGUGGUGGAAGAUCUUCCUAGUGAGCCGAUAAAAUCCGCGACUCUAUGA